UCAUAUGAAUGAACUAUGAUUCUAUUUCAUAAAAAGAAAAUAAAAAAAAUCAAAAUCUAGUUAACUAUUUAACAGUGUGGUCAGAAACUCAAGCAAUCACCACCGAUUUCUUUUGAUUCAAAUUCUUCUCAACAUCACCCAAAAUUUCAUUCAUUGGAUCCAACCCAUUAUUGCAAGAUUCGAUUUUACCCAAUCACAUCAAUUUUUCAUUUCUAUGGUUUGAGUCGGUUGGUUGUGUGAUUGGAAGAAGACACCCUUUUUCUCAAAAUCAGAUUUGACCCCUAAAAACCGGUCUUUCAUGAUUUGCAGUCUUCAAUUCAAUCCAAACCAAUUAUUUCUGGAAUUGAUUCUCUUUCAAUUUUGAAUAAGAAUAUUUUAUUGCCUUUUUUUCAUUUCAAAAUUAUCUCUUCAAUUUCAUUUUUUUAUUUUUAUUUAAUUUUUAAUUGUGAUGCUAGAAUAUUACAUGUUAUUAUGUUUAGAUUAAAGAAUAGUGAAAAUCUAGCACGGUUCUUGUACCACAAAACUUUGCAUAUUAACAACCCUAUGGCUUAUUCAAUAGGUUAUGUUGAUCCUUGUUCUCAUUUGAGCAAGGUUUAUGCUAAUGUUUUUGAUUUUGGGGUUAAUAGAAGAUUUGAGUUUGGUAGAAAAAAUUGUGGCUUUUACACUAGUGCUAGUAAUAGCAGUAGGUUUUUUGUAAGAGCUAAUGCAAGGCCUCGCGGUUUUGCAUCUGAUUUGGAGCGAGGGAAUUCUGUUAGCGGUGAUGCUACUGCUAUUAAGGUCGAUAAUGAUAUUGGUGGGUUAAAUGGAAGUUCUACCACGCCUUGUUGUUUUCGUGAUCGUUUGUCUGAGAAACUUGUUGUUGCUGUUGAUGUGGACGAGGUAUUAGGAAACUUCGUAUCGGCUCUCAACAAGUACAUUGCAGAUCAAUAUUCAUCAAAUUAUUCAGUUUCUGAAUAUCAUGUGUACGAGUUCUUUAAGAUAUGGAACUGUUCACGUGAUGAAGCUGAUAUUCGUGUUCAUGAGUUUUUUAAGACACCGUAUUUCAAGUCAGGGAUUCACCCUCUCCCAGGUGCUCAGACGGCGAUUCAAAAGUUAUCAAGAUUUUUUAACCUAUCCAUUGUAACGUCUCGGCAGAAUGUAAUUAAGGAUCACACUAUUGAAUGGAUAGAGAAGAAUUUCCCAGGACUUUUUCAUGAGAUUCACUUUGGUAACCAUUUUGCACUUGAUGGGAUAUCAAGACCAAAAUCAGAGAUUUGUAGGUCUUUAAAUGCCAAGGUUCUUAUUGAUGAUAAUCCGCGGUAUGCAAUAGAGUGUGCUGAAGUUGGAAUCAAAGUCCUACUUUUUGAUUAUGAAAACUCAUAUCCUUGGUCCAAGAAUGAGUUGGUUGAUGAGCACCCUUUGGUGACCAAAGUUAAGAACUGGACAGAAGUGGAACAACAAUUGAUGUCAUUGAUAGCUUCACAGUCUAAAUCUUGACUGAAGUCACCAUUCUCUACAUCAAAUGCUGGACUAAUUCAUGUUUUUGAAAUGUUUAACGUAUAUUCUUGAAGUGCGAUAAUUUGAAGUUACUGCAAGAAGAUAACUACCUAGAGGAAUAUGACACAAUCAGAUUCUUUUUCCCAUUUUGAGCAACACUAAUGAAGAUUGGAACAAGCUGUUCACUAAGGUGGAAAUUCUAGUGAUUUUAUUACUAUAAAUAGGCUAAGAUUUUUUAUGAUCUCCAUGAAUGUAGGAGUGGUAUCUGAAGGAUAUGGUUGCACCAUAUCAUGACUUACAUCGAUCACAAAAUGUAUGAUCUCUUCUCUGAUAUACUUUUUGAUGUGGUUUAUGUGUUUUGGUACACUUGCAUGUCUGUCAAGCCUGAUGAUUACUUUUCAAAUAUAAAUAUUUUUGUUUCUCUGUUAUAAUGAA